UUAAGGGCUCUAUGGAUGAGCUUAAAAGAUUGAUCAUUCCACAAAACUAAAAUCCUAAAGAUAGAAAAGGAAGCAACAUACGAAACUCCAUAAUUCUCGUUAUAGAAGUAAUAUCUACGGAUGUGAUCAUUUUAUGUCUAAUUUUAGCUGAAGAUCCUUUGUAAUAAAAGGGUAAUUCUUAGUUCCACAAGAAAUUUGUAAGAAAGUUUUCUAGAUUUAAGCACUAUCUAAGAAAGACAAAAUCAAACCCAAAUCUCAUAAAGAAUAAUGGGAGAAACAGAAGAGAAAGUGAAGAACCAUGGUGAUAACAAAGAAGAGGAACACAACAAGGCUGAGAAAACUGAGAAGAAGGAGAAGAAGAAAGAUAAAGAUAAGAAGGAUAAGAACGAGGACGAUAAAAAUGGUGGAGGAGAAGAAGGAGAAGAUCAAGAGAAGAAGAGCAAGAAGAAAGAUAAGAAGGCGAAGAAAGAAAAGAACCCUGAAGAUAAGAAAGAUCCAGAGAAAUUGAAGAUGAAGCUUCAGAAGAUUGAAGAAAAGAUUCAAGCUAUGGUCUUAAAGAAAGAUGAGAUUGUGAAGCUUAUUCAUGAGGCUGAACAAGCUAAGCCUAGUACUGCUGCAGUAGAUGCACCACCACCAACUAACUAAUUCAAAUACAAAUUAUAUGCUACCUUAAGUUAACUAAUAUAUAUGCCAAUUACAAAUGCUGAUGAAUGUUAUUUUCAGCGUAUCUUGGCAUAGGGUUUUUGUUUUGUUUUGUUUGAUUUCAAUCAGAGUUUGCUUGUAAAAUAUGUGUUGUAAGUUGUACAAAAACUAUCUGUUUUUAAUAUAAUACUUUUCAGCUUAAUA